GAAGGGUUUUUGUUGAUGUUCGCUUUCUGCAGUGUGUGGUUUUGACAUGAAUGAGUUUGGCAGCAUUUUGGAUUAAUGCAUUGAGUUAACAACCUGUUAGCUACGAUAUUGUGCCGUAGCCGCUUCUGGGAAGAUUCGUUUCUCUGAUUGUUUUACUCCCAGUGAGUGAAAGUGAUGGCGAAUGACCGACUGAGAGCUUUGGAGGAGGUUGAGAAUCAAAUUGCAACGAUUCUGCAGUGCGCCGGUAACAUCGUGUUGGAGCUGUCUAAAGACAAGCACAAUGCCAGUUUCCUGGACAGACAGCUUAGUCAGUUUACUGGCUCGGUCAGCAGAGUGGAGACUGAACUCAGCUCACAGAUCAAAUAUCUCACACAGGUUGCCACAGGCCAGCCCCACGAAGGCUCCACAUACUCAGCUAGGAAGGACUGUCAGAUGGCCCUGAACAGAGCAGAGUACGCCAGGGUCAAACUGGGAGAGCUGGGACGCACCUGCGAAGUCAUGCUGGAUCCACAACCCUGAGAGAAAACAGUCACACCAGAACGAUGGUCGGGAGAGCGCAGUAGGUGGACGUUUCCAUAGCUUGCUGUCACCGUGGUGUCUUAGCACCACCUGCCGCGGAGAGAUGGGGACUGAAAUAC